CCUUCCCCUGUCCGUGUCCCUGUCCCUGUGGGUGAGUGCGGGGCUCGCGGUGGGGAUGGCCGCGGGGGGCGGGGCCUGCAGCCCCCUGGAGCGGGAGGUCCGGGUGACGAGGGGAGAGCUCCGGAACCUCAGACAACAAAUUGACAAAGCUGUCCGUGUACACAAAAAAUCUAUCGAUGACUUACGUUCUUUUCUGAGCGACAUAAAAAGGGAGCAGAUCCAGGAUUCUGCAACCACCGGAAAUCAAGAUGCCGAAAUGCCUUUCUGUUUGGAAAAAGGAAAUAUUGGAACCGUACCUAUUGGAUUCUUAGAAUCAUGCUUCUCUGUCAAAAAUGCCACACCUCGACAACCGACCAUUUGUAGUCUAUCACGUGCACGACUUAAGAUAAGCAAGGCUGUUUUUACUAAUCCAGAGCACUCGCUCAUUGGCUUGGAUCAAUUUUCACAUGUCUGGAUUGUAUUUAUUUUUCACAAGAAUGGACAUCAGAGCUGUAAAGCUAAAGUUAAACCACCUCGGCUCAAUGGAUUAAAGACUGGAGUCUUUUCUACAAGAAGUCCACAUCGUCCCAAUGCGAUAGGUUUAACGCUCGCGAAGCUGGAUAGGAUUGAAGGUGACACAGUUUGUCUUUCGGGAAUCGACAUGAUAGAAGGGACACCAGUCUUGGACAUUAAGCCAUAUAUUCCAGACUAUGAUACACCUAGAUGUGAUGCCUCCAGUGAUGGAAAAGACAGUCAGUUCAAUAAAGAUAUCGUGCUAGAUGAGCAGUUCCAAACUGUUACAAAUCCAGUAACUGGAGAAUAUAUUGAUGAGGGGCAGGUGGACACCAACGGGACUUCAGAGGUUGGAGGUGGAUGUUUUGCUGAAUUGGGCCCAAACCCUCCUAUAUAUGGGACACACUCAAUAACAAACAGAAGCGGUGAAGUUCUUCAUGGAGAAGAUCAACACCUCACCAAAGUUGAAGAGAUCCCUUUAGGAUGUGAGCUAAAGUGUGAGAAAGAUAAUCAGUUUGCUGCUACAAAGGAGGCAGGUGUUGACCAAAGCUUCUUCCUAACUGUGGAGAAGAUCAGGCACCAGCUAAUCCACAGUGAUAUUGCGACCGAAUCCACUGACAGAGGCAAAGUUAUCAGCAUGGAGUUGAAGGAUGCAGGCACUACCAUGUACCAUCAGUAUCAGCACCAGCCCAAGACAUCGAGUUCUGCUGGUCAGGACUUGGGUAAUGAGCCGUGUAUCAGUACUGUCGCAGCAUGGGUAAAGGAAUCUCCCGUGUCUUCAUUAGACGUUCGAUUCACCCCUUAUGCUGAAAAGGAUCUGGAGCAGUUCCAGGCUCCUGACAAAGCAGAUCCCGGUAAAACGUCAUUGAAACAUUUCCAAUCUAUAGAGGAAGCAAGAUCUGCCAUCAUGGCCAUACUGUCAGCUGAUCCACGCUCUGUGUACCGUAGAAAACAGUGCCAGGAUCAACUCUUUUACUUCACCUUGGACUCUGCCCAUAUCACAUGCUGGUUCGGAGGUGCCUUUGCUGAGAUUUUGAGGAUAAAACCAGUGAAAGAGAAAAAGUUUGUAACGGAAUAGAAAUUCUGAAUACAAUUUUUUUUUGUGAAUUUU